AUGUUAAAUUUCCCCAAAGAAACCAAACACGAGCCAAAAUGCUACGUGACACAUGGUACCAUUGGACAUGUAGAUACCAAACAAACACCCACAAGAAGGAAACCCUUUGUGAAUAUCCUAGGAUAUAAAUAUAUCAACAAGGUUGAAAUGAUAUUACCGCAGGAAAUGUAUGAGGUGAUGAGACGGGAGAUGGAAGAGGUGUUUUCGGAGAAUGGUGGUCCGGUUUAUAGUCGGGUGGUGAUGCCGUUGAGUGCGUUGAUUGAGGGAGAGUUUUUUACAGAGUAUAUUAAGAAAGGUGAGGAGGGUGAGGGUGUUGGAAUGGGAUCGGGAUUUUGA